AUGGCAAAACAUCUGGAUGAACUGGUGAAACGCCAGUUGAAGAAGCAUGCAAAGCUGAAGGAGAAGAAACGUAAACUCAACGCAACAAACAACUUUUCAUCAACUCCACUUUCAAAUGAAGCAGAGUCAGCUGAUGAUAAUGAAGAGCCAGUGGUCAGUGAUGAUGUCGAGGAAGAACCUAGGAAAAAACUGAAGAUAUCAUCCAAAACGAAAUCACCACCAAAAGAAAAUGGCCAGGAUACAGAAGAGAAAGCUUCUGGUGAAGAAUGUCCUAAGCUGGUGGACACAUCAAAAUUGGCCAUUGUUAAGUCAUUGCUGUCAACUAGCGCAUUUGACGAUUUAAAGGACAAAGUUUCAGAUAAAACUCUAAAUGCAGUUAGAGAAAUGAACUUCUCUCACAUGACGGAGAUUCAAUCAAAGUCUAUUCCACAUCUCAUCGAGGGAAAAGAUCUGGUCGCUUCAGCCAAAACUGGUAGUGGUAAAACACUAGCUUUCCUGAUUCCCGCCAUCGAGUUGAUGUAUAAGCUAAAGUUUUUGCCUCGCAACGGCACUGGUGUUCUGAUUAUAUCUCCCACCCGAGAACUAUCAAUGCAAACGUUUGGUGUUCUGCAGGAACUAAUGAAGUAUCACAACCAAACGUAUGGUCUUGUUAUGGGUGGCACCAAUCGAUCUUCGGAAGCGGCCAAACUUGUUCGAGGUGUAAACAUUUUAGUGGCCACCCCUGGCCGUCUGCUCGAUCAUCUACAAAACACCAAAAACUUUCUAUUCAAAAACCUUCAAUGCCUCAUUAUUGAUGAAGCGGAUCGGAUUCUGGAUAUUGGUUUUGAAGACGAGAUGCGCGCCAUUGUGAAGCUUCUUCCAACGAGACGGCAAACGAUGCUGUUCAGUGCUACCUUGUCCAAGAAGACGGAUGAUCUUAUCUCGCUGGCACUGAAGAAGGAGCCUGUUUACGUGGGCUUAGAUCCAAAUGAAAAUAGCGACGACGCCGCUACCGUUGCAGGGCUACAGCAGGGUUUCUGCAUCCUGUCCAGCGACAAGCGAUUCUCGUUGCUGUUUACAUUUUUGCGAAAGAACAAAAACAAAAAAGUGAUGGUCUUCUUCAGCUCUUGCAUGUCGGUAAAGUUUCACCAUGAACUUCUCAAUUACAUCGAUCUUCCAGUGAUGUCAAUUCAUGGCAAACAGAAGCAGAGCAAACGAACGACAACUUUCUUUCAGUUUUGCAACUCUGAAUCGGGUAUUCUUCUCUGUACUGAUGUUGCUGCUCGUGGUCUCGAUAUUCCGCAAGUCGACUGGAUUGUGCAGUAUGACCCCCCGGAUGAUCCAAAGGAAUACAUUCAUCGUGUCGGACGAACGGCUCGAGGUGUUGAUGCAAAGGGGCACGCUCUGCUCUUUUUGACGCCGGACGAACGCGGCUUUCUGCAAUACCUCAAAGAAGCCAAGGUUCCAUUGAACGAGUAUGAGUUUUCAUGGAGCAAAAUUCUGAACAUUCAGCCACAGAUUGAAAAGUUGAUUAGUCGUAAUUACUUUUUAAAUCUAUCUGCAAAAGAAGCCUACAAGGCGUACGUUCGUGCUUACGAUUCACAUUCUCUGAAGAAUAUCUUUGACAUAAACAAGUUGGACUUGCAAGCAGUUUCAAAGUCAUUUGGCUUUGAAAAUCCUCCGUUUGUUGACCUGCCCGUAUCAAAUGGAAAGGCUGGUCGUGCUGCCGUGAAGGCUCGACGGAAGCCCACACCAAGCCAGAAUGGCUCCAACUACCACUCAGUGCCGUACUCUGUCAACAAGAGAAAGAUUGAAAAGUCGGUCAUCUACAAAGCAGUGCCGCUUAGAAAAGACAAUCGAAUCUUUUCGAGUUAA